ACUGCUGUCGCUCUGCCUGCGAGUGCCCGCGGUGAAUUGGUCCAGCAUCCCUGCGCAGGCGGUGUGGCAAAUGUAGCUCCAGAAAUAUCAUUUGAAAAUAUGUAAUCGUAGGAAUAAGUUUUCGGCGUCGGCAGCUUGCGAUGAGGGAAGGACACUAUGGAAGACUGGAAUUUGUGUUGCGCCUCUGUGGAGCAAGGACCGUUAUAUUGCGAGAAAUAAUGCGGAAUAUUUCCCCCUGUAGGUGUUAACGCAGAAAAUACAAGAUGAAGAAGCAAUUCAAUCGGAUGCGACAGCUCGCCAACCAAACGGUGGGAAGGGCAGAAAAAACAGAGGUGUUAAGCGAUGACCUUCUUCAGGUUGAGAAGCGUCUUGAUCUGGUCAAGCAGGUGACACACAGCACUCACAAGAAGCUGACUGCCUGCCUGCAGGGUCAGCAGGGCACUGAUAUGGAGAAGAGAUCCGUCAAGUCACCGUCUAAAAAACUUCCACUCACGAUGCUUGCACAGUGUAUGGUGGAGGGGGCUGUAGUGUUGGGGGAUGACUCUCUCCUGGGGAAGAUGCUGAAGAUGUGUGGGGAGACGGAGGAGAAGUUGGCCCAGGAGCUCAUCCAGUUUGAGUUCCAGAUAGAGCGAGAUGUGGUGGAGCCUCUUUACGUGCUCGCUGAGGUGGAUAUUCCCAACAUCCAGAAACAACGAAAGCACUUAGCAAAACUUGUCUUGGACAUGGACUCUGCACGGACAAGAUUUCAUCAGUCGUCCAAAUCUUCGAGUCACCCGAGCACGCUGCAGCCAGGUGCCAAAUCCGAGUCCCUCAGAGAGGAGAUGGAGGAGGCAGCCAAUAGGAUGGAGAUUUGUCGGGAUCAGCUAUCAGCAGAUAUGUACAGUUUUGUGGCCAAAGAAAUAGACUAUGCAAACUACUUCCAGACUCUGAUAGAAACGCAGGCGGAAUAUCACAGGAAGUCAUUAGAGAUUCUUCACAGUAUCCUGCCCCAGAUUAAAGCUCACCAAGAGGCGUGGGUUGAGAAACCGUCGUUCGGCAAGUCUCUGGAGGAACACCUGAAUAUUAGCGGGAGAGAGAUUGCCUUCCCAAUCGAAGCCUGUGUCACCAUGCUGCUCGAGUGUGGCAUGCAGGAGGAGGGCCUCUUCAGAGUGGCUCCGUCAGCCUCCAAGCUGAAGAAGCUGAAAGCGUCCCUGGACUGCGGAGUUCUGGAUGUGCAGGAGUACUCCUCCGACCCGCACGCCAUCGCAGGGGCUCUGAAGUCAUACCUCCGUGAGCUCCCUGAUCCACUGAUGACCACUGAACUUUAUGAUGAGUGGAUUCAGGCUUCCAACGUUCAAGAUAUGGAUAAAAGGCUACAAGCAUUAAUGACAGCGUGUGAAAAACUCCCUACAGACAACUUGAACAACUUCAGAUAUCUCGUCAAAUUCUUAUCAAAGCUAACGGAGUACCAAGACGCUAACAAGAUGACUCCCGGUAACAUGGCCAUUGUUCUUGGUCCUAACUUGCUUUGGACACACACAGAACCGAACAUGACGGAGAUGAUGACCACCCUGUCGCUACAGAUUGUUAGCAUCAUUGAGCCCAUUAUUCAGCAUGCUGAUUGGUUCUUCCCUGGAGAGAUUGAAUUCAACUUGACGGGAUGCUAUGGCAGCCCAAUCCACACCAACCACAACUCCAACUACAGCUCCAUGCCCUCGCCGGACAUGGACCAAUCGGAACGCAAGCAGCCGCACGACCAGAGCCGACGCCCACUAAGCGUUGCCACGGACAACAUGAUGCUGGAGUUUUACAAGAAGGAUGGCAUUAGGAAGAUCCAAAGUAUGGGCGUCCGGGUUAUGGAUACUUCCUGGGUGUCUCGGAAGGGUUCUUCCACACUGACACGCAAGACCUGCUCCACCCCUCCAGGCAUGCAAGGCCCCGGCUCUCCUGCAGACACUCUCAUCCCCGAGCAGCCCGGAGAGCUAGCAAUCUCCCCGUCGGCGACACCGCCGCCCGGAGAGAGGGUUUGCUCAGACAACGUGUUGCCAAAUCGGCCGGACACCUCUCAUGCCCACCCACCCCCAGGGGAGGACCGGCCACCCCCCCCUUACCCAACCUCCUCGUGCCACGCUGCACCUCACCACUUCUAUCCCAAACCCCCACCCUGCGCUCGCCCUGUGGCACCGGGUCCAGAGUCUCAGCCCCCCGCCUCACCCCCGCCCCCGCUGCGCUGGUCUGGCUUCACACCCCCUGCUCCGCCCCCUUCCUCCUCUUCUUCCUCCUCCUCCUCGUCACUUGACAUCAAUUCCAACCCCAAACCCAGCUGUCUGCACUUCCCCAAGCACAGCCCCCCAGGCGACAUGUUGCAUGCCCCCCCACCAGAUACUAAUGCUUCACCACUCUACAUCAAAACUCCCUUGGUACUUACCCGCCAUGACCAGUCCCUUGGCAACCCCCCUAGCCUCCCUUCGUCCGCGCCCCCACCCCCGCCGUGGGCUGCCUGUCCAUGUGCCCGAGAGAGAGGACCCCCCAGGCUGACUAGUUCAUUGAAGAGUAAAGAGCUCUCCCCUGUAAUUGGACACAAAGCCAUCCAGGUGGCAGGUCCAACAGUCCCUCCCAGCAGUAGUCCUCAGAGCAGCAGCCAGUCGCCCCACUCCACAGAGCACAGUCCACACACCCUGCGCAAAGGUUCCAAGAAGUUGGCCCCUGUGCCCCCAAAGGUCCCUUACGGCCAGUCUGGUGGGAUGUCCGACCAGUCGACAGGUCAGCCGUCACCGGUCAGCCUGUCACCCACACCACCUAGCACCCCUUCCCCUUAUGGACUGGCCUGCCCUCCAGGGCAAGUGCCCCCAUCCUCCCCCGGGCAGACCCCACUAGGGGCGCCCCACUCGCUUUCGUCCCCACCGUCCUUGACAGGAACGCUCACCAAGUCGCGGCCCGCCCCUAAGCCCAGGCAGAGACCCAGCCUGCCCCCUCCGCAGCCACCCACAGUCCCCGCAGGGUUCACUGGUCAGGCCAUGGCCCCAAUUCCCCAGCCCCUGGAGCAGGGUCUCCUGGAUGGACUGUCUCCCGGGGAGAGCAUGUCUACAGAUAUCUUCAAUUAUGAAAUCCCCUCCAUCAAUGUCAAUCUGGACAGCCUCAUCGAUGAGUUCAGCGGUGCCCCUUGCAGGAGGUCCAGGGCAGUGACAGACUCUCCAGAGGGGGAUGCUGUGCCUGAGGAGGAGCCCCAGAGCACCACUCUAUGACGCUAAGGCAUCACAGCUUACCAGCACCCCUAUGGCUGCACAUACUCUUAACUGUCGCCACCUGCUGGCCCUGAUGGAAACACACACUGGCCUCACCAAUGCCCACCUGAAACCAGAAGUCCAGCACAUCUGCUGCAGGCCGCAAAGAAUCUCAUCUCUUACAAAUGCUCGCUAGAACAUAAAUGUAAUAGAACAAAAAAAAAACACCAAAAUGCCAUAGUGGAGGAACAGUUGCCUUUAGGAGGAAAGACUGGAAUAAUAGAUGAGUAUUACAUUUAAUGAUUUUUUUCCUGCUUUGCUUUGUUCAUUUUUGUUGUUUGAUGCAGUGGUCUGUAUUUCUGUGGGGUUUUUUUAAACUUUAUUUUGCCUUAUUAGAACAUGCAAUCAAAUUGCAAUAUGAUACUCACAAGUUGUACAACUUUUGGUUAGGGAAACUCAGAGUCCGACGUGGUUAGGAGCAAAGCCCAUCCUCAGGGUGAAACGGAGAGGCAGAGUGAGAGAGCAGUCUGGUUGUUUUGCUCACAGGGUAUUCAAGCUUUGUGCACAUUAGGAAAAAAAAAUGCUGAGCCCUAUAGAGACAGGUUUGGCCUGCAGGAUGAAACAUUUGAUGCAGUUUGAAUCUUAUUACACCCAGUCUUUACUUCUCCUAUUCUUUCACAUAUUUCAACCGUAGUUCUUUAUCUGAUGUUUACCUUCGUGCAGGUAAACACACUUUAACUCACUUUAUACCAGCACAGUAUAAGAAGAAUGUUACUGUAAAUGACCUUUUUUCUUUUUUGGGACAUGCAUCUCUUAGUCAGUUUUUAAAGAUAGCACCAUGUCGUGUUUGCAUGACGAGCCAAUAGGAACUAACCCGCUUCGGAUCAAGGGCCUCAGAGUGGCAGCGUUUUGAUUUUUGUGUGAGUGUUUUCUGCUGUCGUUGUCCUUGGAGAGUAAAUUUAGACCACCCCAUGUGCUGUUACAGUUUGAUGACGAUGGAUGGAUGACUACACUGCCUUUAGGUUUGUAUGAUUCUCUCUUAACCUUGUUUUCAAGUGCUUCAGGUUCAGCAACCUUUUGAUCCCUUGUGUAAAUACAAAGACUGUACAUAAAUUGAUGUAUAUAAAUCUGAGAGGAAAUCUAUAUGUAAAGUGCAUAUCUGGAGAAUAUAUAAUAAUAAUAAUAUAUGUGCUGAUAUUUAUCAUGUGUAGAAAAAUGUAAUGAUUCAAAAUUUGAUGUUAUUUUUGGUCCCCGCACACAGUGAACAAGUUUACUGUAGACUCAUAAUGUUUCACAUGAACACCAGGUAACAACGAUGCUGCAACACAAAUGCAGAAUGUUUCCUUCUGCUAGACAUCAAUUGUAGUCUUUAAUAAUUCUGUCUCCUGAGCUUUGACUUCAAACAUGCUAGGGCGCUAACGGGUUGCAAACCAACCAGCCUAUAUUUCCUUUGUUUCCUUAUAGUCCUUAAUUUGAACGAUCCUGUAUAAAUGAUGAGAUCACUUUGAGCACUGUUGGACCUUUUGAAUUAUUCAUAUUGAGGAUAAAUGCAGUCCUAUAUUAUUCUAGGAGAGACUACAGCGAGUCGAAUAAAUAUGUGCUCACACAAUUAGAGAGGCAAAGUGCAAAAAAUAAUAAUAAAUCUGACACUUCUAAAGUGGAUAACUGUGGUGUCAUUUCUGGUGUUGUUAUUCUCACCACAGACGAUGAAUCGAAUUAAUCAGAGCUUGACAAAUUCAGUCGAAUAACAGAUGCUGCAGUGUCACUUUUUUUAAGUUCCAUACAAAAAAUGUCUCGGGACAAUAAAAUGUGUCAAUUAAAGUGCAAUUACAGUGUUUACUGAUCCACCUCAAUCCAAAAAAAAAAAGUGGUCAAAGUCACCCCUCCCCAAAAAACCUACAGAAAAACAAGCCAUCCAUUUUUAUCGCAAAUAACUUUUCUUUAAGUUUAUUUAACCUGUGAGUUUACAAGUGACAAAAUAAACUCUGGGUUCUCUCCAAAAGUGGUCUACAGUACAGUAUGCAUCAGUGUGUGUUCUUAAUGGACUCUGUUUAUGAAGAUUUUGGUGAUGUUGAUUCUUAUAUUGAUAGUUGUGGUGAUUAUGCUGUAUGAAAACAAUUGCAAGUGCCCUCACACUGGUUGUCAUUUUGGAACUAUAGACAUGAUUAAUGUGUACUAGAGGUUUUAUUUUCCUUGCUGGAUCCAUACAUUUAUACGAGGGGGUUCGGGGUCUCUCUCUCUCUCUCUCUCUCUCUCUCUCUCUCUCUACAGUAUGUGUGCAGACUGAAUGUGACUCACUCCGAUUUCAACUGUAGGCUACCUGAUUUUUUAAUAAUGUGCAGGGCAAAUGAGCACUUGUGUUUGGAUGAAGGUUAAUUAGGGCCUGUUGGCAUGUGUUGUUAUCAGUGCAGGGCAGUGUUACUGUAAUGCUUUUGUGCAUCAUAUCUGGAACUUACAGUAAGCAUGCAUUCAUAUUCAUUAUAGAUGUGAUAAUUCUGCUGCUGAAAGGAACAAAAAAAGCAUCUGUAACCUCCCCUGAAACACAAAUCAUGAUUUUAAUCUCAUACCUAAUUUCAGCCUGUUAAUGAACUCACGUUGAUUUUAAAGAGCAUAUUCAUGGGAGCCACCUUUUUGCACCAAAUGGUACAUUGUUACAUAGUUUGAUCAAGCUUUUUAUGUACCGCAUAGACCUACUUUUCCUAUGUCACCUCACCGCCAAUAUUAGGGUCUGACGUAAAGCUCAAUUUGUUUACAUUUUGAGGGGUUGGGGGUUCUAACCGAGAGAAAUAAAAAAAGGUAAAUCUGAAAAUGUGUCAUGCAUGCGCUUAGAUAGUCUUUUUGAUAAUCCACGUUUUGUGUCAAUCACUGUCUUUUUAGGGAUUGUAUGAGGGGUGAAACGCAAAGACGGACUAAAGAGAAUGUGGAUCAGGAUGAAUGGUGCCCGGUGUGGUUUUGAGCAAUACGGUAGAGGAGUAGAUGUUGCCUGUGGAUGUACUGCCUCCUUCUGCUUUCACUACUAGUGUACAAAACGAAACCUGCCGCUUGUCGAGCCCACCAUGCCCACCAUGCCCACCCCCCCUCCCCCCCUCCCUCCCUCCUCUGCUUAGCAUAUCAAGUGGAACACAGUGUGUACUGUGAAGCCUACCUGCAAUCCUUAUCAGAAUGUCAGAAAUAAAUAUAUAUAUUAAACUCUACAUUUGUAAUAAUCUCA